UGAAUUUGUCAUAGGUCAUGCAAUGAUAUUAAUAGUCUUUGGAGUCUCUGUAUUACUUCGUUCUCAGUAACAACAUUGGCAACCUUCUGUGUCGGCAACAUGGACCAGACUACAUCGACAUAUUCCUGCAGCAAAAUUUACAAUCGUUGUCUGCAUCUGUUGAAGGCCACAGUGUCGGCAUGCUCGACUAUAGAUCAAAAACCGAAGGAUGUCUUUAUUCUGGAGCAAUCUUGGGGUAGAUUGGUGCUUUGGGACGAAGUUUUUAAAGACCAAAAUUUGGAUGAAACCUUGAACAAGUCACCCAUUUUGAGAGACACUGCUCUACGGCUUUUCUAUGGAAUUGGGGUGACGUUAUCAAAAGAUGUCCUUCCCUUGGUCUUGUCAAGGAGAUCAGAGACCCAGGAAGAUGAUUUGCAAGAUCUCGCUGACAAGAUGAGCACGGAGCUUAAGGAAGCCACAAUGGACUGGGGUGAACUUGAGACGAAUAGAAAUCCACCGUAUACUCUCAGCAUUGCCGCAGAAGCGAUCAGCUUCUAUGUCUUACACUUGCUCAGCCUGCAGCCAACCAUAGAAUCAUUGUUGAGAUUUUAUUUGUGCAAUAGGGCAUUACGUGAGGAUGCGCAUAAGUCCGCAGAACUUACCCUCAGCUCUGUUCCACUACACGGAGAAAUCACUCAUGAGCGAGACGACAACGACUACGAAAUUAGGGAUGGCCUGGAAGGUGAUUCGGCCCCUGCCACCAGUUCUUCAACGCAGUAUUUACAACCCGAACUCUGCGUACAGAACAGAGCCGAGACUUCAGAAAUGGUAGAAAUGGUACCAAGGAGUCCUGACCUUAAUCAUCCCCAUCGCCCAGUGCUGGUUAUACCUACCUCAAAACCGCGAAGUCUGCAGUGUUUCAGCUCUCCCAACUCUCCAUUCGUGGUGGUCCCUGAUUCCGUGCCGAGUAAUACUCAAGUUCAGAUGCCGCAGCGCUCCUUCUCGUUUUGUGGGAGCUUGGAAGGGAUGGAAUGUUCAAGUCCUCUCGUUAUGGUCCACAGUAUGCCGUAGAUUUGCAAUAUUAUAUCGGCUCUGUCUAAACUUUCAAAGGUUUCAAAUUGAUAUUUUUGUAGACAUAGGCUAUGGGACCUUCAUAUUCAUUCUCUUGCGCGUCCAACUCUGCUCUCUUCCUCAAAUUUUCAAAUCCAUGUAGUUCUAC